AUGGAUAGUUUUCCUCCCGAGCAUAUGAUGUGCGAUCCCUGGCAGGGGACGGAAGAUUUAGAGAAUAUUUUCUCAUUGGAUCAGAGCUCUUUGGAUUUCUUGGAGAAUGCUUUGCCGGACUUCAAUUUAACAACAGACAAUGCGCAACCGGAAGGACUUAGUAGCUCAUGUUCUGAUAGCGGGCUAUCUAGCGACCAUGCUGAACUCGACUUCGAGCAGCAGUUGUCGCCGAACCUCAUCCAGAAUACCGAUUAUGAGGAUCUACCAACAACUAUUCUAGAGCCGCUGAGUCCUUGUAAUACGAGUGACGUCAUCAUUCAGGAAAACGAGACGUUGGAUAUGCUCGACUUCGAGCAGAACGUCGUCCCUGGAUUCAUUAAUACAACAUUCCAGAGCCCUGGUAAAGGCGGUAGAAAACGUCGUUUCUCCUCAACCCAAACAGUCGUGCAACCUAAGGUUCAGAAACAGACGAUAAAGCUGCCAGCGCCAACAAACACCAAUAAACCACAGCUGGUUGUGAAGGCGCAACCACAGAAACCAUUAAAAGUAACCAACAUUCAAGUCAUAAACCCUCAAACUAAGGUUUACUCUAAACCAGUUGAAAGCGUCGCGCCACAACGCAGAGUGAUCCGCGUAGCUCCUAUGGCGGGCAACCCUAGAUCUAUAUUACUACCAGUAACAUUCAAAGAUAUGAAGGAUUUGAAAUCAAUCAAAAUAAUAAAUGCUUCGGAUUUGAAGAACUCGCCGAAUAUAAAGUUAGCUGCUGCCAAUCUACUGUCGCAGAGCAAACUGCAGGAUCUCAAGAUAGAAACACGUAAUGAUGAUUACGAACACAACGCUAAAUACGACGACUCGGCCAGCGAUCACAGUGACGACGACGAUGAGAAAGAGACGCAAAUAAAUGACGGUAGGAACGGAUAUCCCCGUCUCGUUCUAACAGCCGAAGAGCGCCGACUACUGGCGAAGGAGGGCAUCCAACUACCGAACAGUUACCCGCUAACGAAACAUGAGGAACGGGAGCUAAAAAGGAUCAGGCGCAAGAUACGAAAUAAGAUAUCGGCACAGGAUUCAAGGAAAAGGAAGAAGGAAUACGUUGAUGGACUCGAAGACAGGGUAAAACAAUGCACAGCCGAAAAUCAGACGUUGCUGAGAAGAAUAAAGAUGCUGCAGUCGCAGAAUCAAUCACUCAGUCAGCAAUUGAAGAGAUUACAGAGCGUAUUGACCGGUGCGUCUUCAUCGGGUCGUGCCCAGCCGGCCACGUGUCUGCUAGUGUUGUUGCUAUCCGUUGCCUUAGUAGCUCUACCGUCCGUUAGAGACGAGGUCCGCCGACGACCAGCGACCACCAGCAGUAGUGCUACUACCACACCACCCUCACCGGCCAUCACACGGGCACUGCUGUCAGCUACACACAAAAUGGUGUUCGAUGAAACAGUAAUAGAUGACGGAGAAUUCAAUAUGGAUGAACUAAUUACCUUCAACAAGGCUCAUUCAGACCAUGACUACCAAGUUGUGAAGAAUAAUGAUAGGCGAACGAACAACGGAUACAUAGACCUACCCAUAGAUGAAGAUUGGCCGCCCAAGAAGAAAAGAAUGAAAAAAAUAGAAUUUGAUUACGAAGAUGGAAAAGAUUAUAUUCCUAUAGUCAAAGAUGAGAACUAUGAGAAUAUACAAAAGACCAGUAAUUCUAUGGACAAGGAUAUAAAAAUGGAUAACUAUCUGACGAACACUUUAUUGACCACUGGAAGGAAAUUAGGUGAACUCUUGGAUAUAUUCCCUCCCAUACCAGUCAAGAACGAAGAUAUACUGGUUGAAGAAAUUACCGACUUCGACGAAAGACAUAAUGUCACCGAAGUCAAGAAUUUCGUAGUUAAUGGGACCGUUAAUGAAUACUAG